CCACCGGCAGGGCCCGUAAGGGCCGCCAGGGGGCGCCAAAGGGGGUUGCCUUGGAAACGGAACAUGGCGGGGCAGUACGAGGACGCCUUCAGGCCCCCCCGCAUGCAGUGCUGGACCGUGCCCCGCCCCCCCCCCAAGCUGCCCCGCCCGGACCCCCCCACCCAAUUCAUCGCCGACGACCGCGGGCACCUCCUGCCCGGCAUUCCCAGAUCCCAAGUGUCGCCGUGGGGGACGUUUUUGGGCACGUGGGAGAUGCCCCCCCGCAUCCCCCCGCCCCGGCUGGACCUGACAUCCCGCUCGGCCGGUCCCGCUUCCCGGAUUAUCCAGAGCCAGCCCCCGAUCCUGAGCCGGGUGUGCAACGGGAUCCGCAUCCACGUCACCGGCAAGUUCCAGGAGCCUCGGCAGGCACAGCCUCCCAGGGAACCUUCUGGAAAGACCCAAGGGACGGACCCAUCCCAAAAUCCAUCCCAAAAUCCCCCCCCGAGCCCUCCCAGCUCCUGAGCUUUGCUGUCUCUGUGUCCCCCCCCCCAAAAAAAACCAACCCCCAGGCUCUUGGGGGAGGGCACAGGAGGGGCUGCAGCCUUUCCCUUUCCCAAAAAAGAAGGGGGAAUAAAGCCUGGGAAGUGCAGGAAAUCACGGGAUUAAAUGCAAAUCCACUUGGGA